GAGUAAGAAAGAGACUCUGUUGUCAAGUUCACAAAUAGCAAACACGAAAGAUCGAAAGAUAUGAAAUAGCCGGUAUGAAGUGACGAUGUCCAAACAUCAAAACAAAAUCAUUCGCAACAGUAAAUGAAACAACAAAGUGUAAAGUCUCGUCUUCUCAUCAAAAUAAACAUGUGAACAUCAUGGGAUAUUGUCUGAUGUAAUGAUUGUUUGAAAACUGAUAAAUCUAUAGUCGCGAUAAUGAUUAUUGUUGUGCAGACUUUAGUUUUCUUUCGGGAAUCACUAUUCGCUGUAUUAGACCGUAUUUUUCGUCCGUAUUUCAAACAUCUGUCUCUAACUUUCAAUAAAACUAGCAAUGUUUCCGAUGACGAAGAGUCUGAAGAUCAUGUUUUUGCUGAAUUCGAUGAUGAAAAAGGAGUCGUAUUCAGUCCCCCUGUGUACGCUCAAAGAUAUGCAGCAGUUAGUGACUGUCUUAUGGAUGAACGUUGGUCUGGGAAGCUAGAAAAGAUUGUAGAUCUUGGUUAUCAUGAUAUGAGUUUCAUCAAAUACCUAAAGGAUGUACCUGGUGUUAAACAUAUAUUAGGAGUGGAUAUUGAAAGUAUACCCGUGCAAUGUUCAUCAGACCUCCUUGGAUGUGAUGAAUAUGUGUUAAAAAGAGAAACACCACUAUAUGUUUCACUUUUCCAAGGCAAUGCAGCUGAUCCAGACUACAGGCUGAUUGGCUGUGAUGCAGUGAUUGCCAUAGAAAUGAUAGAGCACAUGUAUCCCCAUGACCUUGAAAGGCUUGUCCAUACCAUAUUUGGUUUUAUCAAACCCUGGAUAGCUGUAAUCACCACACCGAAUGGUGAUUUUAAUCCUUUAUUUAAAGCAAUGGAGAAGAAUGGUUUAAGAAGAUUAGAUCACUUUUUUGAAUGGUCAAGAGAACAAUUUCAUGAUUGGUGCAGUAACAUAGUUGUCCGAUAUCCCCACUACUCAGUAUCUUGCAGAGGAGUGGGGCCAGGGCCAUCAGGCACAUCACACUACGGUUGCUGCAGCCAACUAGCACUGUUUGUAUCCAAAGACUACCACAAGCAGAAAGAUUUAAAUCCUGAUAGUCUAGCAUUAGUCACCCGAGCACCAUCAAGUAAUACUUGUGAUGAGAUUCAAGCAUUAGAUAUUCCAGAUAGUGAAUGUAAUAUGCUUUUUGCACCAAACAAUCUUAAUUGCUCAACAUUACAAGUGAAAAAGUUCUCUAAAAAAACUCAACACCUCAUGGCCAAAAACAACAUGCACUCUCUAGAGCACACUAAAGAGGUAGUAGACGAAAUAAGACAUCUCAGGAAGAUGUUGAACUUUAACAACUGCCCUAAGGAACAAGUGGAGGGAGAUCAUGUUUGGCGCAACAUAAAUUGGGGGGAAAAUGCUCCGUAUUGGAAUAAGUACUACAACCUGGUCAGGGAAUAUACUUAUCCGUUUGGGACUAAAUCUGAAGAGUGCCGUAUUCUGGAUUUGAUUUUGGAUGAGAUCAAUAGAUUUGUGGAAAUGCAACACGAGUUGGACGUAGAUGCAAACAAGGUUGAAAUUCCCUUGGACUAUGUCAUGAAGGUUGUCCAGCACAUAACAGAUGAUGUUGAUAGAAUCAAAGAUCUGCUAGAGUGGAAUGGCUAUGAAAUAGCUGGCGACAUGGUGAUUUAUUCGCGCUUGGUGGUAGACACAGUCUCGGUCAACACACGCGACGACGAGUGGCGCGACGACACCGUCUCUGAUUGGGAUAUUGAUGGUCGUUCCACUUCGAUUUCAGACGGGAGCAUUGUAUUGCCUGAGAUUCAUGGUCGGAGUCUGUACCGCGCUCUUGAUCACAAAGUGCGCAAACUAAAGUCAAUGGUCUCAAACAACGAAGACAUUAGCACUGAGCUGGAUAGAGUUGUCUGCCGGCUCAUGAAAUUGGCCUUGCGCACCGCCAGGCGGCGCCAGGAAUCUUUGCCUAACCAUUGGAUGCAUUGCAAACUGCUCGACCUUCUAAAUUUGACCGAAAAAGCCAUAGAAAGAAAGAAACAAUUUUUAGCCGAGUCCAUUCCGUUGAAGGCUAUCUGCUACGAUGAUGUGCUGAUAAACCCUGUCGACUUGAGUAAAAUAAGACAGCCUGACGAAUCAGCAAACAAAAUAGUAGACAAGUACCGACAUUUAGUAGAAUCACUUGAAAAAAAUGGCACUUCUGAGGGAAGUGAUGACCGAUACCAUGAUGUUAUGGAAGAUAAUGAUUUUAAUAACGAGUUCUUAAAUGAAAACGUUUCUAUGGAACUAGAUUUCGAAGAAACAACACGAUCACCAUCUUUAGUUGAUAUUGAGAUAAACUCUGUGAAUCCACUUACAAGAUAUUUUAACUCGAAUGAAACUUCGUUAUCGAGAACAAAGGCAUGGGUCGACAAGGACAUGGACGUAGUUGUAAUACCUCAACAUAGUAAGCAUUAUAUUAGUUCUGGCGAUACUGACAACAGUAAGUGUAAAAUAGCUCGUCAUAAAAAUAAGAAACGAAAAAGAUCUGCAAAGCCUUUCUUUCGACACGGCGAAAGCACAGAAAAUAAUGCUUUAGCUGGCAAACAUUUCAAGAAUAAAAAAAAUGAUGAAGGUAAAGGCAAAUCGAACGCUGAAAAAUUGUAUAAGAAAUGCGUUAAAAAGAAAUCGACCUAUAAUGUUUUAACUAAAACUAGUCGUCAAAAAUUGUCUGCUUCUAAAAACUUUUCUUUUAGAGCAAAGAAAAGCUAUAGGCGUAUGCACGAUUCGCUUUCUACACCAAUUUCGCAAACUUUAAUGGAAUUUUGCUAUUCGAACUCUGCAAAAGGAGAAGUUGAACCUACUCAACAAGAACUUAUUUUAGAUUCUAUUGAAAAUAACAUUGAUCCAUGUGUUGCUGCAACGAAAAACAGUCUUCUUAUUGACAUAAUUACAGAAGAUAAAGAAGAAACCAUAGUGUUAAGACGCACAAUAGGAACUGAUGCAGAUGAUGAUUUGUUAAUAUUUGAAAAUGAACUGGACGAUACUCGUGGAAGUAUGACUAAUGUUAUGCAUAUUGACAGUGCUUGUAACAAAGUCCACCACGAAUCUGAAAAUGUUAAUUCGCAAACUUUGUUUCUCUACGAUAUUAAUGAACCUAGCACAUCUAAAGGGGUCAGACAUGUUAGUAUGGAUGUGCAAUGUGGGCCUGAGUCUACUAACAAACUUGCAAUGUUAUCAACAACCACAUCGUUUACAAAAGUGCCACAAGUAUUUAACACUGGUGUGAAAAUAGGAAGUUCUUUUUCUGAUCUACAAGAUAAUGCAACAAAUUGUGAUUUUGGUACUUGUACUAAUGAAAAUCUAGAUGGUUUUAAAAUAGUCAAUCCUAGAGAAAAAUUUACUGGAAUUAAGAUAAAAGAUUCAGACACAAAUAUCACAUAUACACUUGAAAGCGAAACUUUAAACCGGGAAACCAAUACAAACAUUGGAAUACCAUCUGUUCCAAACAGUAGUCUGGUAUCUACUACAGAGACAACGAUGCUUAAACCCAUAUCAAGUCGUGUUAAAGUAGAAGACUCGGGUUCCGAAUUCUGUGAUAGUUUAUGCAGUUCGCAAAGAAGCCCACUUCAUUUUAUGACUUCCGCUAAUGACACUAGCGGUUUUCAAUAUAAAUUGGCCGAAGAUGUUGAACUCGAACGGGAAUUUACCCGUAAAUAUACUCGGCCUAAACUAAGUAAUGGUGGUGUUUACGUGCAUAGCUAUAAAGAUAGACAGGUAAGUGAGGAUGUAGUUUACCAAGGCAAAUGGCAAAAGUAUACAACUUCAAAAACAAACCAACCAAAAAAGAAGAGUUACAACGUUGUUACGAAGAAAAAUCCCACCAAUAAAAGAAUCAUCUCCAACUUAAAAGAGCAUGGAAGUGCUACCACUGUUGUCUUGCCAAAUCGCAAUAACGGUUCGAUAGAUACCAGACAGGUCAAAAAGAUUUCUACACUAAAUAAUGUAAAGAAAGUUAAAAGUUCCAGUAAGAAUGUGACCAAGGUAACUUCAAAAUUGAUCAAGCGAGUAACAUCUAAGGAUUCAUUACAUGUGAUUAAAAAUCCUUCCAAAACUACUGCUAUACUGAAGAAAGAAAAAGAGGUCAAUCCAAGACCACGAAAAAAAAGUUACAUACCGUUAUAUUUAAAGCGAAAACGUUCAAAGCAUAACUAUCAUAUACUUCCUUUAGACAAUACCGAUGAAAGUGAUAAAGCCGAGACUUAUGGUAAUAAAUGCGAAGAUCCUGAAAAAGUUAAGAAUAUUUUAUUGAAAUUUAACCAAGAACCAAGAGAAAACAUAAACUAUUUAAUAUUUCAAAAUGUAAUCAAUAACAAUAUCAGCUGUUCUACAGAUUGCGAAAGUCCAUUUAAUACAAAUAAAGAUAAAGACCAACAGGCUGAUGAUUCUACUAAAAGGUCUUUGAGUCCACAGUCGUUGAAUAGUUCUGCAUGCUCAUCUCCCAACAGUAUAGCCACAGUCAGAGUAAAACCAACGUCAAAGUUACUACUCACUGAUAGGACACAGUCGAGCUCGUCUAAUAGAAGUCAAGAACUAAAUGACAUAGACAACGUACCGAUGAAAACUAAAAAAGUUAUCAGAAAAUGUAAAAGCAGCAAGAAAUAUCAUAAGAAUAAAGAUUCAGAUAACAAAGAAAAUUUACCAGAAACAUCGAAGAAAAAAACAGUUUGCAACAACGUAAAAUUUUCUAAAAAUAAUAGCAUAUUUAGAGCACAACUAGCCCCGGAAAAUCCACAAUCUACAAGCAUUAAUAUUAAUAAACGCAAAUCAACAAACAAAUCUAACAUAAAAAUACCUUCUAUACCGAGUUGUACUGAGAAACAAUCUACAAGUAGAGCAACCCCAAGGUUAUCUCUUACAAAUCAAUAUUCUGGAACAAUAAAAUCUCAGAAAUCUAUGACUUCAGAAAAUUAUAGUCUAAAGGAUUCAAUUAAUCCUGAAACUCCAAUGGAACCAUUUUUUGAUGAAUCUAAAAAUAAAGUAAUGCAUAACUUGGUGGCUAAGGAUUUUUUGGCCGAGUGGUUAAAUUCUACACAAAGGGAUCCAAAUGAAAGUAAUUCAACUGAUGUAUUAGCUGACAUGAGGCAGCUAGUUGAGGAAAGAUUAGAAUUUAUUGAACGGUUAUCCGAUAACUGUGCGGAACUGGAUUCGAGAACUUUCAAACUAAGUGAAACUUUUAACAGUAUAUCAGCAAGCGAAUCAACUAGCUUCCAUGAUGCCAAGUCACUUGGCAGUAGCUAUGCAACAGUCAUGGGAUUUAUUGAUUCUGAGUAUACAAACUUAAUGAGUUGGAAUGGAAUUGGCUUGGAUAAUAUCUUUUUUGAUUCACUUGUGCCCAAUGAAUUUAAUCCUGCUGUUGGAAAUGAUUCUACUCUGGGUAUAACCGAUACUAAACCUGAUGUAACAGAUGUAGACAUGUUGUCAUUUAAGUCAACAACUACUGCUUCAAAAUUAUCCGAAUACUUUUUGGCAGAGAGUUCCUUAAACAAUGUUCCAGAUGUACACAAUUCAGUUAUACCUCUGCACGGUUCUGUUCGUGAUAUAUUUGAGAGGAAAACUCCACUGACAAUGGAGAGUCCGGCUGGGCCUUUGGCCAUGCAAAUAUUUAGUGGUUUGUCAAUGAAUGCUGCACCUCUUACUGGUGACCAACCAGAUCACGUGAAUCUCGUGGACUCUGAGACUGGCAGUGUAGCGAGAGGUUACACAAGACUGGCUAAUUCAGAAGAGGUAUUUGUUUCGGGUAGAUCUUCCGAUACAUACGACUCUUGCUUGAUAGAUGAAGACACGGUGGUACCAAAUUGGCUUUUUCAUAUUAUAAGCCAACAACAAUCGGUCCAAGAGGAGGAUGAAGACGGUGAUGACGCAGAUACAGACACAUACGAAGAUGAGGACGAAGAAGAGUCUGAGCACUUAGUACAGAUGCAGUUACCGCAUGCCGAACCCGUUUACGAUAUGAACGGUAACGCUGUGGAGCCCGGUAUGGGUGCGGGCGCGGGCGCAGGUGACGGUCGCGGCAUACAUAGCGACCGCUCGCAGGACAGCUCGGGCCGAGGCACCUCGCUCAGCUCAAGCGUCACGUCUUCUGAGCCGCGUAGUGAGGCUAUACUGAUUGACCCUACUCUGUUUACGACCCACAUCGAUCUAAUUAGAGAACCAGCUGGCACUUCGUCUAUUAUAGUGCCGGUGUUGCCAGCACGCACGGAAGUAGCAGAUACUUCUCGUGCUAUUACUACCGAAGGGCCAAUGAAUUCGAGGAACGCUGCGAUCUUAAACUCCGCUGGGGACCCUCAAAUAGUGCCCGUUCGCGCUGCCAGUGACGUAGACGCAGAUGUCAGUUCUGUCGACACUGAUAUCCCGGAUUCUUCAGACAACUGACUGUCGAAUGAAACAAAUGACUGUCGCAUGGAACAACUGACUGUCUUGUAAAACAACUGACUAUUGAUUUGAGAAGAAUCAGCCAUCCCGGGAAAAUUUUGAAGGCAAUCCUGUUCAAGAAAUUAAGCGACUGUGAGUGAACUAUUUUAUUUUCAUUAUUAAUUCUGUGAUAUUCCUUUGACAUUUCAAAGUCAUCUAAAUUAUAGUGAUACUAUUUUUUCACUAAGGCGGUGCGUGUAAAUAAUAUUGCCGUA